CUCAUUUUCGCACAAUCAAGCAAGCGCUUAUUAUUACAUUAUUAACUUCCCCAAAGGAGAAUCCCCCUCCUUACAAGAGCCAUUUCUUUUCUUUCUCAAUGGCUUUACACUUUGAUUUGAUACACUGUCUGUUGAGCUGAUUCCAAAGCAUUAUUAUUACGUUAUUAACUUCCCCAAACGAGAAUCCCCCUCCUUACACAUCACAACACCACAAACCCAACACCAUCAUCAUCGUUCACGCCAAGUAAACGAUCCUCUCUUCUCCACCUCACCCUUUCUCUCUCUUCUCUCUCUUUUUCUCUCUGUUACUUCACAAUACCAACAGCACAACCUGGUUCCGGGUCGCACUACUUGCCCCGGAUCAGGACCCUUCUCAUGCAACCACCGAUUCAAGUGUUUUUCGCCUUUCCUAAACAACAACUAUAGGCAACUAAAGUCGACCCUUUGGCUAGAUAAUCACACCAACAUCAAAAAAAUCGUUUUUUGCUUUGUGGGUAUUGGUGUUUUAUUUUUAGUUGUGACAAAAAAAAAACAUGGUGGGCAUAUUUUCGAGAUUCUCUGUUGGAAGAAAUGUCCACCGACGAACGCAAAGUGCCCUGGAUGAGAGGGAAGUGAGGCCCCCAAACUCAGAGGCUGCUGCUGCAGUUGCAAGUGCUGCAACUGCCACUUCUCAUGGGAUUGAAGUGGCUGUGGAGUUUAAGCCAGUUGAACAUCCAAUUGAACCACUUGACAAUGAUAGGCCCAUUCAGUGCCCGUUGCCAGAACCAUCUAUUCUUAAUGAUGGAAGAAUAUGGAAAGAACGAGUAUCUGCUACUGUGCGUAGAAGAGGGGAUCUGCCAGUGAUGAAGGAAGGGGGAACGCUUGAAUCUGAAGAUGCUGGAGCAAGGCCACGGACGUCCCGGUCUAAUCGGAUGAUCUUACCAUCUGUUAGUGCUCCGGAGCAUAAUCUUUUAAAACUUCUUGAAGAGUGUAAUGCUUCAGGCAUCUAAACUGGUAUUGUUUUUAAUGUAGUAUUUUGUUGUCAACUUAUAUGUGAUACCCUUCAUCUCUUUUUGCUGUCCUUUGCUAUUUCCAUAUAUUAUGCCGCUUAAAUAUGCGUAUGUAUAUUCAAAUGUAUAAUCAUAAAAGUCAAAUGUGGCACAUUUUCACUAGCUUCUUUAUGAAGACUCUAGUAAUAUGCUUCAAAUUUCUACUUUGGAUCCA